AUGGCUACAUCUUGCAGUAAUUUAAAAACGUUAAAACCUCAUGUUUCGACUGUCAAGCACCCCGAGACUUUAUUACCUCUAUCACUUUAUACAGACCAAGAAAUCCCAUCAUCAUCAUCUCGAUUCAAUCUCCCCAAUCUCCUCCAAACUCAAGCAUCGACCCGUCCCCAUGACGUCAUUACACGAGAACUUCGUGUUGAUAUUAACUAUGGCCUGUCUCAUCUUUCAAUACGUGAACGACAAGGUGAAUGGGGAUGGAAUGAAUUUCAAGGGACACAAGAUGAGCUCCUGAUUCUCAAAUUUGCCAGUCAAUUUAAAGAUCCACUGAUUCUAUUACUACUAUCCUCUGGACUUGUGAGUGUGACAAUGGGACAUCUUGAUGAUGCGAUUUCAAUUGCUAUUGCCAUUACAAUUGUUGUAACGGUUGCAUUUGUACAAGAAUAUCGAUCCGAGAAAACACUUGCAGCAUUGAAGGAAUUAGUACCACCCCAUUGUAAAGCACUACGAGAUGGAAAAAUGCUUGAUAUAUUAGCAAAGGAAUUAGUACCGGGUGAUAUUAUCCUAGUGGAUGUAGGUGAUCGAAUUCCAGCUGAUGCAAGAUUAGUAGAAGUAGUUGAUCUGGAAGUUGAUGAAUCCAAUCUUACUGGUGAAAAUGCACCAGUUGCAAAAAUUACGGAAGCAAUUGCCGAUAGUCACUUGCAUCCGAUUGCCGAACGUAAGAAUAUGAUUUACAUGGGGACAUUAGUGCGUGCCGGUCGUGGACGAGCUGUCGUGGUUGGAACGGGAUCGCACACUGAGUUUGGACAGGUUUUUGAUGUCGUACAUCAAGUCGAGGAACGAAAGACGCCACUGCAGAACAGCAUGGACACGCUAGGCAAGCACCUUAGUAUGUUCUCCCUUGCCGUCAUUGCGGUGAUUGUGAUUAUUGGUGUAAUCCAACACAAGGGUAUGCUGACCAUGCUGCAGAUCGGUGUCUCGUUAGCUGUGGCUGCUAUACCAGAGGGUCUACCGAUCUGUGUGACAGUCACCUUGGCAUUUGGAGUCAUGAAGAUGGCUAAACGUCAUGCAAUUGUGAAAAAGCUCCCUGCCGUUGAGGCACUUGGCUGUAUUAAUGUGAUCUGUGUGGAUAAGACGGGCACAAUCACGACAAACAAGAUGGAGGUAAUUGAGAUUUUUGUUCCGUUCGAGAGUGUGACUGCUAUCGUAAACGGCGUUGGCGAGCGAGAGCAGUCACCGUCAGAGGCAGUUGCAUCCGACAUGGUCAACAAGAACGCUCGCCCAGCCGUCACCAUGCGUGGUGAACCGGUUACAGAGACUUCCCAUCCUCAUGUGUACCAUUGCUUGCUAUCCGGUGCACUCUGCAACAAUGCAAACAUUGUGGACCGUGAAGUACUUGGCCAAGCAACUGAAGGCGCCGUUUUGCUUUGCGCGCAAAAGGUGGGAAUCAUACCUUCGGUCAUUCAACAGUUCCGUCGUGUCAGCGAAGUGCCUUUUAGCUCGGAAAAGAAGUGGAUGGCUGUAUGCUGCGAACCGCUGUCGGGUGGUCCCUCUCGAUGGCAUCUUAAGGGCAUGGCGGAGGCUAUUUUGUCGCGCUGUAAUAAGAUUGAAGAUAACUGUGGUCGUGAAAAGGUGAUGACUCCAAGUGAUCGCGAGCGUAUUUUCGUGGCAUCACAGCAAAUGGCAGCUCGUGGUCUACGUGUUUUGGCGUUUUCUUUCGGUGAACAUCCGGAUCAUGACAUGGUAUUUGCCGGAUUAGUGGGAAUCUCAGAUCCACCUCGCGCUGAGGUCGAGAAGUCUGUACUUGAACUGUCACUGAGCGGAGUCAAGACCGUGAUGCUGACGGGUGAUUCAAAGGAAACGGCUAUAGCGAUUGCUACAAAGGUGAGCAUCAUUUCAAGCGACAGUUUUGGCAGCGCUGGCUGCGACGAUAAGGGAAGCAAUGCCGUGAACGAGCUGGUAAUGUCGGGCCAAGAGCUGGAGAUUAUGGAUAUGAUGGAGUUGGAGCAGCGUAUUUUGAAAACAUGUGUGUUUUACCGGACGUCUCCUCACCACAAGCUGAAGAUUGUACGAGCGUUACAAGUAGCGGGGCUGAUGGUGGCUAUGACUGGUGAUGGCGUGAAUGAUGCGCCUGCACUUAAAGCAGCAGACAUUGGUAUUGCUAUGGGUAUAAACGGAACGGAUGUUUCGAAAGAGGCUGCAGACAUGAUUUUACUGGAUGACAACUUCAGCACAAUCCUGUGCGCCAUGGAAGAGGGCAAGUCAAUCUACCAUAACAUCAAGCAUUUUCUGCGUUUCCAGCUCAGUACGAGUAUCUCAGCGCUCUGUCUGAUCGCGUUGUCUACGUUGUUUAACCUGCCGUCUCCACUGAAUGCCAUGCAAAUUCUUUGGAUCAAUAUCAUCAUGGACGGACCGCCGGCCCAAAGUCUUGGUGUGGAGCCGGUAGACCAUGACGUAAUGAAGGAGGGCCCGCGCUCCAAGGAUGCCAGUAUUAUCACGCGUACAAUGAUCCGGCGCGUGCUCACAUCAGCUUGCUUUAUCGUAUGCGGCACCCUCUACGUAUUUUGCGUUGAGCUGAAUAGUGAUGGUACGAUUAGCAAGCGUGAUCGUACUAUGAGCUUCACCACGUUCGUCAUGUUUGAUAUGUUCAAUGCACUCUCUUGCCGGUCAGAUGACAAGUCCAUCUUUGAGAUUGGCAUUUUGUCCAACACGUUUUUUGUGUACGCCGUCGGCGCGUCGCUGGGGGGCCAACUCCUUGUUAUCUACUUUCCACCGCUACAAGCAACGUUCCAGACUGAAGCGUUGACACUUGGUGACUUGGUCUACGUUUGUUGUAUCGCAUCAACCGUGCUGAUUUUUGAUGAGGCUUGCAAAUGGUGGCAAGUGCGCAAGCGGCGUGGAGCAUUGCGUUCUGCGUCUAUUGCCUCCGGCUUUAAGCAAAAGAAGAGAAAGCACUCGUGGGAUAACAAUGAUAAGAUCUACGAUACCGUGUAA